AGCCGACAAUAUCCACAUCACGCUUCGCGAUUGCCUUCUCCAUCUUUGCUCCCUGGGGCGGGUCGGGGCCCACCCGCCCGCCUCGGCUGCUCAGCUCUGCUCUGCUCUGCUCCUCGCCUCCCUUCCCUUCCCUUCGCCUCCCCCAGCCAGCCAGGAAUCGCCACCGGCGGAAGCCAAGCAUCGUCCCAGCACCGGAUCGAUUCCGCCCGCCCGCCCGCCCGUCCAUGGAUCCGGCGGCCGAGCCGGCGGCGUGGCCGCCGUGGACGUCGCUCCUGCUGCGGGCGCUGAGCCGGCGGCGGACCUGGGUGGCGCUCUUCCUCGCCGUCUACGCCGGGCUGCUCUCGUCCUCCUGGUCCCUGCUCGCCUCCGUCCGCGCCUGGUACUACUCCGCCUCCUCGGCGUCCGCGGCGCCCGCCUGGCCCGCCGCGCUCUACGCGUCCGUCAUGUACGGCGCCGUGUUCGGCCUGCUCUCCAUGGCCGCCGCGCUCGCCGUCGCCGCGCCCGCCAUGCUCGUCACCUGGACCACCGUCCUCGUGCUGCUCGCCUUCGCGGGCCGCCCGCGCAGGUCGCUCGUCGCCGAGGGCCGCCGCGCCACCAGGGACAUCGCGGGCCUCGCGCUCCGCGUACUCCUGCGCGAGGGCAACGCCGUCGCCGCGCUCUGCGCCGCCGCAAGCUUUGCCGCGCUCCUCCUCGGCCACCGCGAUCACCAGUAGUAGCUCUAAGUCUGUUGCCGUCCUCUUCUUCUCGCGCUAGAUCUGCUACAACCUUACUGGUGUAGUUGUAAAUUAUCACACCAAGUUGUUUCAGUUACUCCACAAAUUGGACACUGAUGGCAUCUGUAAUGAAUGUAGCUUGUCACAUCACGCUCAGGUUCAAAAGAUUAUUUGGAUGAG